GCUGUAUUGAUUGGUAGCACUCAUGGCUCCGCGAUCCAAGGCCAUUGUUUACAACCAGCACGCCCCGCCCGAUUCACGUUGUUAGGUAACCCGCUAUAUGAACUUCGGUGCACGAAAUUUUCUGGCUGCUUUAUUAAGAGGUUCAACUUUGUGAUGGUUAGGGACAUGCGAGCCUUAUGUACGAAGCAGGAGGCUGUCUGGCUCAAAGUCGAUAUAGAUAGUCCGAUCGAGUAUGCUGCUUUAAUCAUUGUUAAUCUGCUGACUGCUUUACUGAUGAUCGAGGACAUAACUACCUUAAAUUCAGGGGAUUCGGUUGUCCAAAAUGGAGCUACAAGUAUAGUAUGCCAGUGUUUUGUCCAGCUUGGCCACCUUCGUAGCAUCUGUAGCAUUAACAUCACAAGGGACAGGUGCUUCUUCAAAUUUCAUAUUGUGAAGUCUGUUUUUUUUUUCUUUCUCCCCAGAGAGUUACAGAUAUUUGAAUCCGCAUGCAUCUCUAGUUUCACCUCUCCCUUUGGGAGUUAG